AUGUGGACUUUUUUAGGCAUCGCCUCCUUCGUCUAUGUCUAUAAGAAAUGUGGAGACUUGAUGAGUUAUGCCAACAAGGAGGUGCUGAUCUCCAUGCUGGUGUUCUUUUCUCUUGGGUUGUUGCUUUCCUAUCGAUACCGGUUGAGGGGGCUCAAACAGCAGAAGCACAAGAAUCCCCGGUGGGGGCUGCUCUGUAACUUUCUUGCCGCUGUGCCCUUCAUUGGAUUUUUCUGGACUAAAUCUCACACGGAACCUGAAGAAGACCUGCAACCUGAAUACCAGAAGGGUAGAAGGAAGGUCAAUACCCCACUGGAGACCACAACGGAGACUUCGACAGCUUCAGUGCUGCCUCCUCAGUACGAUCCAGAGGUUAUCAUUGUGGGGUCUGGUGUGCUUGGUUCUGCUUUGGCAGCGGUGCUGGCAAGGGAUGGCAGGAAAGUGACAGUAAUCGAGAGGGAUCUGAAGGAACCUGACAGGAUAGUUGGAGAACUGCUGCAGCCUGGAGGGUAUAACGCCCUGAAAGAUCUGGGCCUGGAAGAGGCAGUAGAAGGGAUUGAUGCUCACACAAUCAACGGCUACGUCGUUCACAACCUGGAAAGCCAAUCUGAGGUUGAAAUCCCUUAUCCUCAAGAGGCGAAUGGCCGAGUGCAGAGUGGAAGAGCUUUCCAUCAUGGGCGUUUCAUCAUGGGUCUCCGAAGGAUGGCCAUGGCGGAACCCAAUGCAAAAUUCAUUGAAGGGACAGUACUACAGCUGCUUGAAGAAGAUGAAUGUGUGGUGGGAGUUUUGUACAGAGAGAAAGAAACUGGUGACGCCAAGGAACUCCGUGCGCCCCUUACGGUUGUCGCCGACGGUCUCUUUUCUAAGUUUAGGAAGAAUCUCGUCUCCAACAAAGUUAAAGUCCCGUCCCAUUUUGUAGGUUGCGUUUUGAAGGAUACACCUCAAUAUAAAGCUAACCACGCUGAACUUGUGUUGGGAAAUCCUAGUCCUGUGCUUAUCUACCAGAUUUCUUCCAGUGAAACUCGCGUUCUUGUUGACAUUCGAGGUGAAAUGCCAAAGAACCUUAAAGAAUACAUGGUGGAGGAAAUUUAUCCACAGCUGCCAGAGCACAUACAGGAACCAUUCCUCAUAGCCAUUCAGAACGAUCGACUGAGGGCCAUGCCAGCAAGCUUUUUACCGCCUUCCCCUGUUAACAAAGCAGGAGUCCUUCUCCUGGGUGAUGCUUACAACAUGAGGCACCCUCUAACAGGCGGAGGGAUGAGUGUGAUUCUGAAUGACAUCAAGAUCUGGAGGAGUUUGCUGCAGGCCAUCCCAGAUUUCUACGAGGACGCCGAUCUUCUACAGGCAAAGAAGACCUUUUACUGGACAAGAAGAAAAAACCACUCUUUUGUGGUAAACGUCCUUGCGCAGGCCCUUUAUGAAUUAUUUUCUGCACCAGACGAUUCUCUGCAUCAGUUGAGGCGAGCCUGCUUCCUUUACUUCAAACUUGGUGGCAAGUGUAUUUCCGGUCCGGUUGGAUUACUCUCUGUCUUGUCGCCUCAGCCGGUGGUCCUGAUCGGACACUUCUUUGCCGUGGCGCUCUACGCCGUCUAUUUCUGCUUCAAGUCGGAAUCGUGGAUCACCAAACCGCGGGCGUUUCUCAGCAGCACUGCCGUGAUGUACCGAGCGUGCUCUGUAAUAUUUCCACUCAUCUACUCGGAAAUAAAGUACAUCUGUUGAACUGAAAGGAGAUGGACCUGCAGCAAGAGGAGAG